UGAGACCUAUACACUGUGUAUGUUCAAAGACUGGCUGAUGUCCACAUGGGGUCAAAGACUUCAUCUGGCACACACCAUGUACAAACAAGGCAUAGAAGGUCCCUCUGAGGAUCUUUCAGCCCACAGGGUCUAUACGUUGCUUCAUGUUCUUCAUAUGGCCAUCAAAGAACAGUUUUGCCUUGCUUUCCAGGACAAGAAAGAGCUUGAUCUUCUUUGGCAUCUAUGGACGGUAACAGCGGGGCCUUACAUCAGCUUCAUCACUAAAUGGUUACAGCAUGGGAUCUUAUCUGACCCUGCUCAAGAGUUUGCCAUUCGCAGAAACCCGGAGAUACACAUUAAAUCAGAAAGCUACUGGAAGAAGGCAUUCAGCUUACAAACCUUACCGAGGGACGACACAGAUGGUGCUCUUCUUUCCAUGCCAGCAAAGACCAAGAGAGAGCGGAAAUCAUCAGUCAAGAAGAGCGUGCCAAACGCAGUGCCCGAGUUCCUUCAGCCUGUCCUGUCACACAUUCUGUUAGCAGGGAAGUCUAUGGAGAUCCUUGAGGCGACAGGCAAGCUGACAAGAGCCAGACAGGAUGUCGUAGGAGAGCUUUUCCAGUUAUCCAGGCCUGCAAUACUCCAUGGGAUGCUCAAGGAUACCCAGACAGGGAAGCCAGACACCACCAAGACACCUUGCCCAACCUCAGAUAACAUUCAGACGAAGUCACCUCGCUCAUCAAGUGACGUUGCUGAGAUGGUUCAGAGGCAACUAUCACUCCGGGGCUUCAACGAUCCCCUGAUAGCCCAUGGAAUCAGCCAUGCUGCUUCCAAUCCUGAUAAUGCAGGAUGUGGUCAGAGACAAGUUGAAGAAGGAAUAGAGAGGAACCCAAAUUUGUCGAAACCUUUGGAGUUGGUGUUAUACCGAGACCUCUACCCUGGCAUCGUUAGUCGAUGUCAAUCAGUGUGUUGUCAGUUAGCGGCUGUCUUCAAAACUGACUUCAACCUCCAAGAUCAUCUGCUUUCUCUUAGACGUUUCUUUCUCCUUGAGGCCGGUGAUGUGAUGUAUGAUUUCUACUCUGAGCUGUUUGAUAAGAUACGUCGACAUGAGUCAUGGCAGGAUACACUCAACCUCAACUAUCAUUUACAAGAAACGCUGAGUGUUAGAUACCCAGAAGAAGCUGCUAGGAUAAUCGUGAGUGUAGAGCCAGAGAGACUGACAGGGAAGAUGGCUACUCAACCAAUUCAUGCACUAGACUCUCUCACCUUGCAUUAUAAGGUCCCAUGGCCAGUGGAUAUAGUUAUUCAUCACCAUGCAUUAGAUAUCUACAAUCAAGUAUUUAGGUUCCUACUCCAAGUAAAGAGAGCUCAGUAUUGCCUUCAACAACUAAGGUUUCCAGAUCUACUGAUUUCAGUGAACAUUGGACACUUGACUGAAGACAGCGACCUUGGGAGACUGGAUAGAGGUCAAGCAGAUGAGGCUCUUAAGGAGAAGCUACCUCUUAUCCAUCGUCUUUUCAUCCUGCGCUUCCGACUCAUGCACUUUGUCAAUGCUGUGCAUAACUAUCUCAUGACUAGGAUCCUCUACAGCACUGGUCUGGAGUUCUCUGCUGCUCUGGACCAAGCCUUGGACCUGGACCAGAUCCUAGCUGCUCACAAGUCCUACCUGGCCAAGAUAUCAGAGAGGUGUCUGCUUCACCACAAGGUUAGCUUCGUCAGAGAAGCCGUCUCCAAGGUCCUCAACCUUGCUGUCACCUUCCAAAGACGCUGGGAUGCAGGGGUACAUACUUUCAGCAUUGAGAACGUGGCUAAGGCUGAAGAAGAGUUCUUCAAUUGCAAUGAGUUUCUCUCUACCUUACUUGCAAACAUCAUUAGAAGAGGCACCUUUCCUCAUUUGGAGGCUCUGGCUCUAUCUCUGUCUGGUGCAAAACCCAAACACAAAUCUGGAGACCAAGAUCAGAGACACUGAGGAGACAUGAUCAGGAUUGCAGAGAGCAAGAGAUGUUAUGAUGGUGCCAACAUCAAAUCUGUCUUAAUAAUUUUUGAAAAUAACAAACCAUGGAGGAGUUUUUGUUUGUUUAGACACACCAGUCCUACAUCUCAAGCACUCUUAGGAAUGGAUAUACAGGUGACACUGCCUAAGCAACUCUUUGGACCAAAAAGUGUGUUUUACUUUAUUCAAAUGAGAAGAGGCAUACAGUAUAAUUUAUGUUGUGCAUGAUCUGGGACCCGUUGCAGAAAGACUUGCAUUUAAAUGCAAGCCAAAAAUCAAUUGCAAGUCCCAAAUGCGCACUGUUGAUUGGUUGAAAAUCUAGUUGCGCAUGAUUUUUAGAGUUGCGAUUAAUUGCAACUCUUUCUGCAACAGGCCAUAAAUUGCUUCAGCUUGGGCAAAUAUACAACUUAUGGAAGCCUGACUUAUGCAAGUUUAGCUGUAUGUGCACAUUAAGUUUCAUUCCUUAUCCUCACACUAAGUCUGAAUAUGAAGACUAAUGAGAGAUAUCUGUUGAAGCAACUUUAGCCAGAUCAGCAUGCCAUUCUCGAAAACCAUAUUGGUCAGGUAUCCGAAAGCAGCAACUCAACAUUGAACAGACUUGUGUUGAGAUAUCUUACACAGGAAUACCAGAUUAACAAUAGGCCUUUAACUGAAACAUACUGUCAUGAUUUCAAGUGCUUCAGACAUCCAUGUCAUUAGGGAGUAUUCGUAUCCGCGACGUCGACGCAGAACGCUUUCAAACAUGGAGAACAUAUUGUCAAUUGCCCUUCAUGACAAUGAAGUCUUUGUCAAGAAAGGCAGUUUCAUCCUGGAAUCUGGACAAAUGGCAUAUAUGCAAUUUAUCAUCAGCUCCAAAACAGAAUGAAACUGCUGUUCCAAUUCAGCAAUUUUCGACAAAAACCUCUGAGCUUUUUAUUGUGAUUUGACUUGUAAUUUCAAUACAUUUACAAUAAUGAUAAUAGCGUCAUAUUUACCCAGGGUAGCCACAUCAGUUCCGAACUGUUCUCCCAGCGGGCCUUGCUAUUAUGAAGUGUUUGUCAAGAAUCGAAAUGGCAGUUUCAUCCUGGAAUCUGGACAAUCAGCAUAUUUGUCAUUUCUCAUCAGCUCCAAAACAUAGGAUGAAACUGCUGUUCCGAUUCAGCAAUUUUCGACAAAAACCUCUUGAGCUUUUUAUUGUGAUUUGACUUGUAAUUUCAAUACAUUUACAAUGAUAAUA